UCCUUGCUGGUGGAUUUUCGUGGUUCGUGGGACUGUUACGGCUCUCGCUUGCAGCCCUCCCUGGCAUUUCAGACCCGGGGAAUUUGUACAGGGGAGCUUUGUGCACAGAACAUUUCAACUAUUGUUAUUUAGUGUCCUGUAUUAAAGGGGAAUGCCAGAAACUUCUGAUGGCCGCUGAAAUCAAGCUUGAACGCUGUUUUAAUGGCACCCAAGGCCCUGAGCAGACUGUGAAAGGGAAGCAGCUGACUUUGACAAAGAGCUCUCCCAGCAACCUGGGCUUUGUACAGGAGGCCUGCACUGAUGCAAGCACUGAACUUCAGCUGUGAUUCCUGCAGGAUUCAGGUAGCAAGACCUGGCUUGGGUUAUUCACUUGGGAAAACUCCACCUGCAGGCCCAGCCACCUAAAGCUGUCAAAUGUGUUCAGAAGUCCUGUGAUGUCCAAGCAGUGUGGUUACGAUUCCGCAUUCUCAGAAUACCACAGAUCUUCCGAUGAAAGCUCCUCCAGCUGAAGUUCGCUGCUCCAGCACUGACAGCCCAUUUCGGUCAAGCAUCCGUGCCGGUCCCAGGUUGUGCUCCCAGUUUUGUCACUGCCUUCUGCUUCCACAGGGCAUCUGAGAGCAGAUCAGUCACUGGCACUGCGUGUGUUGUAAAGGGCCGAAGUACCUCCGCAGAGCCACAGAAGUUUGCGUGUAGAGAUCCCUCCAUUAGACAUUAAAACACGCGGUGUUACAACUUGCAUCUACUGAUGGGUUUCUCUUCCACUGGAGCUGGUGGCUUUCUCUUGCCAAUGACCAGACCUUAAAACAAACACCUGUAAUGAGGCUGCAAAUGCAGAAAGCAUGGAAUGUUCUGGCCCUGGAUGGCAGUAACUGGCAGCGAAUUGACCUGUUUGAUUUCCAGAGGGAUAUUGAGGGCCGAGUAGUUGAGAACAUUUCCAAGAGAUGUGGGGGGUUCUUGCGGAAGUUAAGCCUGCGUGGCUGUCAAGGAGUGGGAGACAAUGCGUUAAGGACAUUUGCACAGAACUGCAGAAAUAUUGAAGUAUUGAACCUAAAUGGCUGUACCAAGAUCACAGACGCUACGUGUACCAGCCUCAGUAAGUUCUGCUCUAAGCUCAGGCACCUUGAUUUGGCUUCCUGCACUUCCAUAACCAACCUGUCCCUGAAAGCACUGAGCGAGGGAUGCCCGCUGCUGGAACAGCUGAAUAUCUCCUGGUGCGACCAAGUGACGAAGGAUGGCAUCCAGGCCCUGGUGAGAGGCUGCGGGGGGCUCAAAGCCCUGUUCCUGAAGGGCUGCACACAGCUUGAGGAUGAAGCUCUCAAAUAUAUCGGUGCACAUUGUCCUGAACUGGUGACUUUAAACCUUCAGACGUGCUUACAAAUAACAGACGACGGGCUCAUCACGAUAUGCAGAGGGUGCCACAAGCUGCAAUCCCUGUGUGCCUCGGGCUGCUGUAACAUUACCGACGCCAUCCUGAACGCCCUGGGACAGAACUGCCCCAGGCUGAGAAUAUUAGAAGUUGCAAGGUGUUCUCAACUAACAGAUGUGGGCUUUACUACUCUAGCUAGGAACUGCCAUGAGCUUGAAAAAAUGGACCUGGAAGAGUGCGUCCAGAUAACAGACAGUACACUAAUCCAGCUCUCCAUACACUGUCCACGGCUUCAGGUUCUGAGCUUGUCCCACUGCGAGCUGAUCACGGACGAUGGGAUCCGCCACCUGGGAAACGGCGCCUGCGCGCACGACCGCCUGGAGGUGAUCGAGCUGGACAACUGCCCGCUGAUCACGGACGCCUCCCUGGAGCACCUGAAAAGCUGCCACAGCCUGGAGAGGAUAGAACUGUACGACUGCCAGCAGAUCACGCGGGCGGGGAUCAAGAGACUCAGGACCCACCUCCCCAACAUCAAAGUCCAUGCCUACUUCGCGCCCGUGACACCCCCUCCGUCGGUCGGGGGCAGCAGACAGCGCUUCUGCAGAUGCUGCAUCAUCCUAUGACGGCGGCGGCGGCCGGCCUCGCGGACUGAGUAUUUAAUGACACCCGUAGAGUCACGGUGGACACCAGUACCCUCGAGGAAAGCGAUACCAGUGUCAUUCGCAAGGGCCAGUGACCAGGGCCGUGGCGCCAGGCCCCCGUAGCCACCCAUACGCAUACAUCCACACCCCCACCUGCUCCAGCAAACCGCUGAACUCCGCGCCCCGGAGCUGGAGCCGUCGGCUUUUUCUGUAGGUGGACUGGGAGAACUCGGAACCGUUCGUGCUGGGCAUGCUCAGACAAAAGCGCCGCGGAGAGGAGGGGAGGCUUUUGCGAACCCGAAAGGACUGCUGCUGCUGCUGUGGAGGUUGGAGUGGUAACUGCAGCCCUUUGAAACGGGGAGAGGGAGAGGAAGGAUCGUGCUUUAACCCUGCAUCCGCUGUCCAGGAGGGGGAGGAAAAAAAAAAAAAAGAAAAGAAAACCCCAACGAGUUCCGUGUCCGUUUUUCAGUGAGGGGACGAACCAGCAGCUGCUGAGGCACGGCUUCCUCGUGCUCCCCUGCUUCGCGUUCCCGGCCGAGCGCCCUGAGCAUGCUCACGCUGAAGGUUCAUCCCCUUUGUGCUCGGUAGCAUCCGGCUCGGCGGCUUCCUAGGUUGUUGUGAUAUAGCUUGAAGUCUGUAACGUCAGGCUCAGUUGGUUUUUUUGUUGUUUUUUUUUUUUUUACCCUUCCCACAUCCUGCUCUUUUUUUUUUUUUUUUUCUCCUACCGAUUUGCAAUUCAGUAAUUCUGAGAUUUACCAGACGAAAGUUACGGAAACAAUUUAAACUAUUCUUUUCCCACCACUAGGAGCCUGAGCCUGUAACGACCCCUUGGGAAGGUUUUUACACCGAAAGCGACCUGCGCUACAGGCUACACUCGUAGGCUCCUCGGCCUGUUUUUCCCAGAGAUUGGGUGUCUGAAUUUGUUUUGCAUUUCAGGUUUUACCCCAGUGAUGAGAAUAUCCCCCUCGAUGUAGGGGGGCGAGUUAGAGUCUGUUCCGGUGACCGUAAGUCCCCCGCUCUGCCUGUCCUUCCCCCCCGACCCUCCAUCCUACCCCCGGAGGAAAAGCAAAGUAGGGAAGUAGGGGCUGCUGCUCAUUGCCCUGGCCAAGAGGCAAGGACCCCGUAACGCAGCGGGAGGAGCGGGGUCGUGCUCUGGAUUAUUCGCUUUGUGCCCUGGGUUGUUCGCUUUGUGCCCUGGGUUAUGGUCACUUGGUGCUGCACCGAGGUGCCGGGUGCUUUCCUGACUCUUCGGCAUCUUCCGCAGGUAAGUGGAGAAGGAUGAAACGAAUGCAACGAGAUUUUGCCAUGUGCCCGCUCUUCCCGGCUGCCAGGGGGUGCCCACAGCAGCCGCUUUUGGGGCCGUUUCGGGCGGGUUUGACCCCGGUGCUUCAGAGGAGGGUGGUCGUCAGCCCCCUGCAGCCGAGGAGGGGGGCUGCCCCGUUCUGCCGGAGUCCUGCCGUGGGGAGGAGCCGGCUGCAGCAGGAGCGGCUCUUUGGGGGUCCCCAGGGCUCCGUUCACUCUUGCUUGCCUUGAGGACGCUCCAAAGGGUCGCUGACCGCCACCAGCCCCAUGUAACUCGGCCUUCCCCCCCCCCCGGUGUGUGUUUAAUGAAGUCUGUUGGAGGAAAGGCAGCGUGCCGCCUCUCAGAGGCUGCUGCCAGCUCCUUCCCCGCAGGUUGCUUUCAGUCCCUGCUAUUUAUUCAAAUCCUUUCCAGCACCACGGCCUCUCCCUCCUCAGCGAGCAUCUUCUGCGCUCCCACCCGCAGAGCUCCCUGCUCUGUUUUUUUUUUUUUGGGGGGGGGGGGCAGAGCGCGGGGUGCGGGUGGUGCUGAGCCGGGGGGAGCCGAAAGUGGGCUGCGGCUGCCUGCUGCCUGGUACCAGAGCAGAGUUUUGGGGGAAAAACUCCCGAGUCCCGAACCCAAAGCCUCUUCUCUUUCGUUUUGUUUCUCGGACAGGGUAACAGCGUAAGGUAGCUCGAACGCCUGGGCAGCGUCCUUUAGGCGGUUGUCUGUCUACAUGGACUCUUCCUGAUGUUUGUAUUUAUAAGUACCAAUAAACACCAUUUUCCAAGCCUC